CGCCCGAGCACCAUGGCGGCGGCCGGGGCAGACCCGGGUUCUGAACCCGCUGGCGGGGCCCAGUUCUUCUGCACCGCGGGCCGUGGCCUGGAGCCGUUCUUGAUGCGGGAGGUGCGCGCGCGGCUGGAGGCCACGCAGGUUGAAUAUAUUUCAGGAAAAGUGUUUUUCACUACCUGUUCAGAUUUGCCCUCGAUGAAGAAGUUAAAGUCAGCGGAAAGACUGUUUGUGUUGAUUAAGAAGCAGCUUCCCAUUGCGGUCUCCUCCCUGCACAGAGGAAGAAUACUUAAUGAGAUGCAAAGAUUUAUAAGCGAUGACCCAGGAAGCUGGCUGAAGGCGAUUUCACUCUGGAGAAAACUUCUCGACCAUGAUACAAACGGAGAAAAGGUUUCUCAAGGGGAUGCUAACCCACUAAAACGGAAAGCAGGAGAAAAUGACAGUAUCACUCCUAAGAAAUUGAAAUUAGAGGAGAUGCAAGUGGUUGACAAGAGUCACGGGGAAAGCCAGCAGGACCAACCACAAGGCCCACCGGAGCAAGGGGAAACUCUCGCUAGAACGGACGAGCUCCAAGAGCAAAGACUCCGUAGAGCCUCGGAGACGACGGCGCAUGCUCAGAGCCCGGAGGACUUGACCUUCAGGGUUUCCUGUCGCUGCAGCGGGAGUAUCAGAAAGGUUGUCACCGGACAGGAGGCAGGAAGAGUGGCUGGACUGGCUCUCACGAGGCAGUUUGCUUGGAAAGCUGAUUUGAGGAAGCCAGACUUAGAGAUCUUCAUGCACCUGAGUGACGCCUACUCUGUGGUGGGGAUUCCUCUGCUCAGAGUUCCCUUAGCCAGCAGAACUUACCUCCAGACAGCUGGGCUGCGGUCAACCAUAGCGUGGGCUAUGGCAUCCAUUGCGGAAAUUAAGGCAGGAGCCCUGGUUUUAGAUCCGAUGUGUGGCCUUGGGACUAUACUUGUGGAAGCUGCUGAAGAGUGGCCAGACGUAUUUUACGUGGGUGCUGAUGUGAGCGACUCGCAAUUACUUGGCGCAUGUGACAAUCUGAAGGCCGCAGGCCUUGCACACAGGAUCGAGUUACUCAAAGGCUCUGUCGCAGAUUUACCACUGCCAGCGCAAAGUGUGGACGUUAUUAUUUCUGACAUUCCAUUUGGAAAAAAAUUUAAGUUGGGAAAAGACAUCAAAAGCAUUCUACAAGAAAUGGAAAGAGUGCUGCACGUUGAUGGAGUCAUGAUCUUGUUGCUCAGUGAGGAUCACCACCGGCGUCUUACAGACUGUGGAGGCAGCAGCAUGCCCCCGACUUCCCAGGGCAACGUCUCUGACCCUGAGAUGAAGAUGCUUUUGAAUCCUGACAGAACUGGUGCACCAGACACAGCAUCACCUUCACAGAAAGCGAGCGGCUUGCAGAGUCUGGGCAGGCCAUUGCCCUGUGGCUCAUUGGUGCCAGUGGAGUCCUUCAAAGUCAGCCUUGGCAAAAUAGACGCUUUCAUAUGUAAGUAUAAGAAGGCAUCCGCUUCGGGACUGUCCCCAUCCCGAUGCCAUGAGCCAGGUGCACAUCCGGAGGUGGCGGCCAUGCAAGGAUCCCCUGGUCUCCAGGAUUCCAUGUGCCCCGGAGCUCCAAGCGCACAGCCUCUACCGGUGGGCGUGGCCAAGAACACAGCAGUCCAAUGAGGCGCCCUGCUUUGUCCUCUCCAGUAUUCAGCUCUUAACAAAGAACAGCUGAUCAAGAUGUUGGAAAGACUUGAUGUAAAAAGUACUUCUUCCCAAAAGUCUGACUUGAGGAAACCUUUAUGUGUAACUUUUUUAUAUAUUAAACUUCAUUUUUUUAAACCUA